AUGGGUCGCACCUUGCCUGUCCCCGUAUCUUGUGAGGUGUGUGGGGACAAGAGUUAUGGCAAGCACUACGGUGUCUUCUGCUGCGACGGCUGCUCGUGUUUCUUCAAGAGGAGCAUUCGGAAAAAUAUCAACUACUCCUGCAUUGGUAAAGGAAAUUGUCUGAUUGACAAGGCCAGAAGAAACUGGUGCCCCCACUGCAGACUACAGAAGUGUUUUGCUGUCAGCAUGAAUAGAAAUGCCGUACAAGAGGAACGAGGUCCUAGGAAAAACAAAGGCACGAAAAAAAAUUCCGCAGCUCGGAGAAACAUCCUGCUAGAGACUCCCUCCCUCCCCUCCUCCUCGGCGAUGGCCUCCUUCCCCUCCCUGGACGUGCGCCCCUACCUGCCGCACCCCAUGGCGGCUCCCCUAACCUGGGGCUCUUACCUCAGCGCCUUCAGGCCAGUGACGCCCCGCCAGCACAGCCUGUUACCAUGGCAACCGACCGGAAGUUUUCCCAGCAUACUGUUCGGCGACUUCAGCUCUGACGUCAUCAAACUUCCGGCGAGUUCGCCAGAAAUAACGCAUAUCUCCGACCCAAGCGACCCGGAUGUGUUUUUUAAAUCCACCCUACAACAAGUCCUGUACGCAUCCCUCCGCCGGGCGCAGUACAACCACCUCUUCCGUCUGCUCCAUCCGCACGAUCAAUUAGUCCUGCUAGAGCUACACUGGGCGGGGCUGUUCACCCUGACGGCGUCCUAUUGGCCGGUUGACGUCUGCAAGCUAAUCGAUAAACAGAGGGAGAAGAUUGGAUCGAAGAAAGAGCCCGGAUGUCUUACAGUGUCACGAGUUGAGGAUGAUUUACAGAGAGUUGUCUCCGCAUGUCAGGCAGUUCAAGCCGAUCUGACAGAGUUACCGUUCCUUGAAACCAUCGCUCUCCUGCGCUGUGAGCAGAGAGAUCGGACUCUGGAACCGAGACGUGUCGACCUCCUCCAAGACCAGGCUCAGCUGGCACUAGCCCACUACUGCAGCUACAGCCAGCACCACCCGCCCCGCCACCACAGCUCGCCCAACCACCACCACCACCCACUCCCCCUGGGCGGCUGCAGCUGUAGCACCCCCCACGGCCAGCCCAGCUCCAGGUUCGGGAAGCUGCUCCUCCUGCUCCCAGUGUUGUCUACGGUGUGUGGGGGAGAGCUUGAGCGGGAUUUGUUCCCGGACCUGAACAUCAAGCGGUUGAUAAGGACCAUGUUUACAUAG